UAAAAACCCCUUCCUGCUCCAAGGCUGUAAGCGCCGAGCAUAGGGCUAAAUUUUGCAGCCCUUCACCGACAAUGGUGGCGUCUCCAUAUGAAUGAAAAAUUCUUGAGCCGGACGUUAAUCAAUAUACACCCAACGAACUACAACGCCCACCAUUGUAGACUGACUCUCAAUACCUCGGCCUGAUAACGGCUUGAUAACAGACCUUUUCUUUGAGUGAAGUACUUCAAUACUUUUGAAUGGAUUUUAAUGGCAGUGUUUAAAAGUACAAGAUCCUCUCCAAUAUAUGACGAUGAAAAAGAUGAUACUGUAUACAAAUCAUCAGACUUCCUGUACUCCGUCAAAUCAAAAUCGGAAACAGGCUAUACUGCAGAUUCCGAGAGUGGCGGUGAGGAAAAUAUUGAAGAUAUAAGUUGCAAAGAUGAAGUCGAUGUCAUGUUAACCAAACUAGAAGAGGAACACGGUUUUCACACCGUUCGAAGAGAAGCAAUGAAACCUCAUAAACCGUUGGUGGGGGUAGAGUUCGACCCUUCUUGGAACAAAAAGAUCGGCGCCGUGGAAAAGACAGCAAAGCCCGCACAACAGGAUGACGAUUCACCGGCAGAAGAAGUGGAGAGUGAAAAAGAAGAAGGUAAAACUGGUCCAGUCGAUGACCAUUCCAGCUCGUACAGUUCGGUGGAUGAAGACAGCUGGGAAAGUGAAUAUGAUGUGCCUUCAGACUUUGAAAGUGAUACACCUAGUGAACCAGGGGAAGAAGUAGAAAGUUCUGUACAACCCGGAAUGAGUAAAACAAAAUUAUGUAGUGAUGUUUCCAUCGAAUAUCCAGAUAAGUAUAAUUUCGGGGAAAUACAAGCCAUUCCGUGGUCACAGGAGAGGCGGGCCAACGAGAUAAAAGACAGUGCUCUAAGUUACAUGGAAAAACUCUGCAGUGACAUUUAUUUGAUGGUGGAUAUAUCUAGAAAUAAAACAAUCCUGGUAUUUGAUCAAAGUGACGAAGCUUUGGUGACAGUCUCUGUCAAAGUUCCCGGUGAUAAAGAUUCUGGAUACAUUUAUGAAGCAAGGAUAAAGAACAGAUCAAAUUGGGUCGCAAGGGUUGCUGAACAUAUGGGCGAUCAAAUUAAAUUUCACGCAACAGAAAUCGAGUCUUUUUUCAUCGUAAAGAUUCCUCUGAAAGAUUCUGCUAUGAUUUCCCCGCAGGGAAACACACUCUCUUUCAAUCACACAAAGGGUGUGUCUCUGGAUAUACCAUCACAGACCGUAAACAAACCUCAGCCCAUUGUCAUGCAGCUCAAUGAAGUGGACAAGCAUGCAAUGAAGCGCCGUCACAGUUUAUGCCCCGAAAAAUUCAACAUCAAUAAAAUGUCACAAAGGUUAUUCAUCGAGCAUGAUAUACCAGAAUUUCUCAAACCUUUUUCGGUGGAACUGGAACUUGAAACCUUCCGUGAGUCAGCAGACAACGACGCUCUGGUACCAGUAGCCUUCCAUUGGAAUGAAGGGGAACCAACGAUUAAAUCUAAAGCAGAAUAUGCUUUAAAUCAGAAGGCCAACAAAGUCGUGAUGACUAUGAAGACUUUCCUAAAUAAAUCGGGAGUAUCUGUUGGUUUGGUUGCUCCUGGUAAAAUAAACCUAGAAGAGGCCAAACUUGUUUAUGCUGAUAUGUUCCUGUGUAAACUGGUAAUUCACAUCAGAAUCGUCAAACCUCAACAAGCUAUGGUUUACAUCAACUGUGUAUUGAUAGAAAACCUUCCAAAAAUUCAAGAACAGUAUCAGUGUUUAUGGAGGAUAGGAGAAUCGGAAGACAUAUAUCUCAAGAACUUCCAAAGAAUCCGAGUUCAUCUGUCUGGAAAUUCUGUUCGUAGAAAGUCCAAAACGCAGAGGGUUCUCAACUGUUUCAUCGUGUUUUCUGAUCAAGCAAAGCAGAAUUGUUUAUCAUUUCCAGUUGAUAAAGACACAAGGAUGGGCUCGAGCCCGAGUACGACAUUUGAUUUUAGUUUGGACAGCGGUUCAAAAAAGAAAAUCCACCGACAAGAGUUCGAUCCAUGGAUGUUAGUGGGAAUGAAAACCUGUUCCACAGGAAAUAUUUCAGCGUUAAAGCUCAGCAGGGGACAAACAUCUGUCGAUUUUAAAUCAAAAAGGCAACUUUAAAGAAUGAUUCCAAGAAAUGUUGUAAAGGAUAUUGAACUUUUCAAAAUUAACAAAAUAGUAUACGUAUAUCAGAUCCAACAGAUGAGAUGGAGGAAAGCAUUGCUUUGCACACAAUGGAAACAAUAUCCUGGUAUUCUCUACGAAAAGCUUUUUUUCAGUUUUAGAAGGUUUAUUCACUCGGACCACAUCUAGUAGUACAGAACAUAUUGUACGAUAAUCACUGUUCUAUUACAACAAAAGUCCAUUAAAACAAAGGACAAUGGAUAAGGGAAAAAAUAAGAGAAAUGCAUAAUGUGCAAAUAGAUAUGGACUCUUCUUUUGCAGGUGUUUUGCUCCUUUUUUGAAAUUUAAUGUUAUACAGAGGAUACAUAAUUAGUCAUGCUAACUCCUCCCACAAUUUUCAAGCGAAGACCUUAUUUUUCAGUGUUUUUAUGGGUAUUGAAGAUGUGCAUGUGACAAGGAAUAUGAUUUUCUUCAAUGUUGAUGAAAAUUACAGGUUAAUGAACAGUUUUGGGGAAAUAUUACAUAGAGCGUACAUGGUUUGUCUGUUUAACUCGUCCCACAGUUUUCAAGUGAGGACCUUAUUUUUCAAUGUUUGUAUGGGUAUUUAAGAUUUGUAUAUAGCAAGGACUUUGAUUUUCUUCAAGUUUAAAAAGAAAAUUACAGGUUAUGAAACUUGAGUCAGUUUUGAGGAAAUAUCAUGGAGUGAGUGCAUGGUUUGUCUUUUUAUAUCCUGUCACAUUUUUAAAACUAGGGCCUUUGUAAACAACUUGAAGAUGUGCGUAUUGCAAGGAUUUUGAUUCUCAACAAUUUCCUCAUUUUGUUUGAAAUAUUUUCAUGUUUAUUUUUAACUUAAUUUGGAGGAAAUAUUGUCCACACAGACCAGUUGGCAUUACAUGAUUUGUCCGUCUUAACAAGUGAUGACUUUCUUUUUCUACAGAGUUUUUGUAUCAGUAUUGAAAAUUUUGAUAUUGCUGCUGAC